AUGCAGGCGGCGGAUGCGGCUGUUUCCGGCGGGAGCCGCAGCUCUCUGCUGCGAGAAAGGGGCACCGGCGGCGGGUCGCCGUGGCUGGUGGAGAAAUUGAAGAAACUGAAGGAGCUGUCGGAGAUGGUGGCGGGGCCCAAGUGGAAGAAUUUCGUCAGGAGAAUCGGCAAGUUCUGCAGUCCCAAGAAACACGUGAACAGCACGCAGCAGAACGCGCAGUUUCAGUACUCGCCGGAGAGCUACGCCCUCAACUUUUCCGGCGGUGAUAAUAGUGAAGAUCACGGCGGCGGAGAAGAAGAGGAGGGCAAUUUGUUGAGGUUUGCUCGUGCUGGCCGGCCUUAUCAAUGA